CACAGCUUCUCUACAGAACUGACACUAGAAAAUACAAAUGGUGCCAAACAAAACUGAAGUAAUGGCUCCUAUCCUAUAAUGUGAAUGAUUUUUACAUUUUACAGGACUGACAGAGUUUCUAGUCCAAGGAAACGUUUCAGCAAGCAAGAAGAAUAAAUUACUACCAUGGCCAAACAAACAUACCAAGCUAAUCUCCAGUUCCUUUGGGUCUCUUGCAUAGUGCAGGCAGUUAUUCUUCAGACUAUUGAUACCCUGACACUGAAGAAUGUGGGCAUACCAAGCACAGUGACUCCUUAUGAAGCAACAAAUUACACCAUAUCUAACAGUUCUGGAAUGCCCACUAUGUCCGGUCAGGAAGCAGGAAACAAAACCACACUAUACAAUGCAGACACCAAUAUAACUGCAAUAGGGACUACAACCAGUUUCCCUUCCUCUCUCUCGCCUUUUGCACAAACCACCAACUCUUCUCAUACAGAAGCAAGUCAUCCAUCAGAGAUCACAGCAGAAACUAUAACAGAGGUGACAGAUUUUCCUACAGAGUCCUUUAUCAGUUACUCUACACAUCAAACCCCUGGUAAAGACUCUGAAGUCACAACUUUAGCUACCGCUCAAAAGGAAUCAGCUCAGCCUUCCUCAACUGGAUCACUGUCCAGUAGCAAUGUGCUGUAUGCAGUCUCAGUAAGCCAAUUGUCAGCAGCAAGAGCUCAUCUGAAGGAUUCAGAGAUCAUCCUUACUGCUGCUUUUGCCCUCAUUCUCACACUGACAAUUCUAGGGCUCCUUGUUUAUAUUCUCAAUAAACACAGGAUGCAAAGAGCUCAGUAUUCCCACCACCAACUGCAUGACACUUCUUUUGAUACAGUGGAUAGAUAUGCUACUCCAGAUGAUACACUUGUAAUAUCAGGAGGCUUGUAUGAUGCACCAAGAAUGUAUAACUCCAGCAUGACAGCACAUGAAGAUGAAGAGCUUCAAGCACAUCCUUUCCCAUUUAGUGAUCAACCUGGACAAUUCAGACUGGAAUUCUUUGGUGAAAAAGGAAACAGCAUUUCCUUGUCUUAUGAAACACUUCAGGUGCCACCAGGAAGCUUAUAAUGAUUGUAUGGAGAGAUUUUUUAAAAGUGAAUUCAGCAACUAUUUUAUUUAUUAAGAGACUAAUCCAACUUGAUCAAAACAAGAAAAUGAAAUUCAGGAAAUAGUUUUAUUGGAGCAAACAAGUGAUUCAAAUGCAUCAGGGGAUAAAAAGUCUUCUACUUGAUAGACAGUACUUUGUUUUGAAGCUGUCUCAUUGGCAGUCUAGUGUUUAGACAAAUUUCCUCAGUCUGUUCCAGUCUAUUUUUUAAACAAAAAUUCACUAACUUUGAAAGCAAUUAAUUGUCUUUUCAGUUCAACUGUAUGUGCAGCUCAGGAUAUGGGAGACGACUGAUAUAUGGCUCUGCUGAGCUCUCUUUUCUCCUUUCCCCUCCCUCUGAGAAGAACUCUGGAAAUCUCCUAUAAAUGCACCCAACCAUCCUUUCUCCCCUGGAUACAGAAGGGAAGAAAAAGGGCAUUCACAAGUCCUAUUUGGAUCUGCUCCCAUAGACCACAGUUGUUAUCAGAAUGAGGAUCUAUCAUGCUGUAUAUUCAGGGGGGAAUUAAUAGGUUGAAUUUAACACUUUGAGUCUUUUCAAAAGAACAAGAACAUGCUACUUUAAACAUUAGUACAACGAAAUAUAACAAAACUAGAACUGAAUUGAAGUAUGGUAAUAAAUUCAACAGUCACAGAAGCAACACAUCUUAUAUUUAUGUAAAGAGUUUUCUCGCUUCUUUCAUUUUUUUCUUCCUGUCCAUCUUGGAGACUGCAGUCCAUUCAGCAUCUCGUAUCUUUCUCAUCGCUGCAAAUUUCACAGAAGAUCCAGGAGUUUUCUGAGAGGAUGGAGUGUAAACCUUUUUUAAAAAAUUAAAAUAAUUUAUUUUUGGUAACAAGCAUGUUGUAAUAUUUAUUUUGCUUUGAAUUCAUACUAAAUAUACCUUUUUUGGUGUUGUGAUGCAUAGGUAAGAAGCUGGUGGAUAAUCUUUGGACAAUUUUUUAAGCCUUUCUUGCUCUAAUGUGAUACUCUUGAAAAGAAAAUAAGUUUUUAAGUGAAUAGGAGCAUUUAUAUUCCAUAUAUAAUUGUUUAAACCACAUGACACUACAGUUGAUUAUUAUUUAAUUACAAACAUUUUAAU